CACACGCACACACUAGCAGAGCGGUGCUCGUCUCUGUCCGUCUCCGUGUCCCUGUCUUUCUCUCCGCUGAGCCAUGAAACAGAUGCUGUUCGACCUGAUGAGGAUGAGCAGGAUUUGCCGGAUGGUCCUUGCCACAUGUUUGGGAUCUUUUAUCCUGGUCAUCUUUUAUUUCCAAAGUAUGUUCCAGCCAGUAAUGAGACGGAACCCGUUUGCAGCAGAGGGCUGCUGUAGGAGAGGUUCGGGAAAUGCACUGCAGGAACUUUAUAACCCCACACAGGCAGAGUUCUCAAGAUCAGCGCUUAUCCAUCAGGCUCGGCGGGACCAGGUGGCCCAGACAUGUCGUGCCCACAGUGCCUCAAGCCGCAAGCGACACGUACUGACACCCAGUGACUUAAAACACUUAGUUGUGGAUGAAGAGCAUGAGCUGAUCUACUGCUACGUCCCCAAGGUGGCGUGCACCAACUGGAAGCGGGUGAUGAUGGUCCUGAGCGGGCACGGGAAAUACAGCGAUCCCAUGGAGAUCCUCCCCAACGAGGCGCACGUACCUUCAAACCUGAAGACGCUCAAUCAGUACAGCAUCGCUGAUAUCAACCACCGCUUGAAGAACUACCUCAAGUUCUUGUUUGUGCGUGAGCCCUUCGAGCGCCUAGUGUCGGCCUACCGUAACAAGUUCACCCUGCGCUACAACACGUCCUUCCACAAGCGCUACGGCACACGUAUUGUCCGGCGUUACCGCAAGAACGCUACAGCCGAAGCACUCCAGAAUGGUAGUGACGUCAAGUUCACGGAGUUCGCAGAGUACCUUAUAGAUCCAGCCACGCAACGUGAGGCGCCGCUGAAUGAGCACUGGCAGACUGUGUACGCACUGUGCCACCCCUGCCACAUCCACUACGACCUGGUGGGCAAGUACGAGACACUGGAGGAAGAUGCUGACUAUGUGCUCAAGCUGGCUGGUGUGCCCGACUCGCUACAUUUUCCAUCCUAUGCCAAGUCUACCCGUACCACUGACCAGAUGGCAGCCAUGUUUUUCAGCAACAUCAGCGCACAACAACAGAACCAGCUCUAUCAGCUUUACAAGAUGGACUUCUUGAUGUUUAACUACUCCUCUCCAAGUUACCUGAAGGAGCAGUAGGAAGGGCUGGCGCACAGUUGACACACAUUUUUAAACGCACACAUUCUGCGCGAACACGUAACUCAAAGCUGAGCUUAACUUAAUCAGAACAUUGACAUGAGAAGAAAUGUUCACGAAUUGGCGCCAGUGGAAACAGAGCAAAAGACUCUGAACUUCCGGAGACGGUUGGAACUGUAUAAUCCACCGGUGGUCAGUCUGCUGUAUUGUGAUUGAACAGAGGAAGAUUUUGUACUGUAUUUGGUCAUGCUUUCAUAUUUGAUGCGCAGUUCAGGUAAACCUGGCAUUUCUGUGCUCAUACACCCGUCCAUCAGAUUGUAAGAUAAAGGUCAUGUUACUGUUUAUAUUCCCUGCCAUCAUUAAGCAAUAUGACUCAUUUUAUUAUAACAAGCUCAAGAUCUCACCCUUCAGUUUCAAACACUCGAGGAGCGAAAGACUCUUGUGGACUUCUCUAAUGAUACUGAAACCUCAGCUGAUGUGACUUCUGUUACUCCCCAGGAUAGAACUUGCGGGCUGUACUUAAGCGCGCUUGUUCCAGUCUUAUUUAUGGUUGUCCCCCUAACUACAGCCGUCUUCUGUGUGAAGAGUGUGUGUGUGUACAGUAAUUAUAUGAUGCAUAUGUAAAGGAGGACCUUUGUGUUCACACAGGAGGACGUAAAAACGGCAUUGAGAGGUGCCUUUGGGAGAUGGGUGCAUCCUGCUGCUCUUACGAGUCGGUAGCUGUCCUGAAUUCAAAAGUCAGAGGAUGGCAAGAGGUUAAUUCAUUAAGGGUCACUCCCGAGAACUAUCAGCCAUCUUUAAAAAAUUAAGGGAAUAUUUCAUGUACUUGCUUUGUUUUUAUUGACUUAUGAAAGGUAGCUGCGAGCAGCUGAGCAAAACAUUAUUUAAAAUACUUUGUAAAAAGAAACGAAAGAAAGCAUGAUUUGAUCUUUUUUUUCUCCGAGUGAUGGAUUUAUAAAUGGCAGGAUUGAUUUUUAAUGGUUUUUUUUCAUGAAUAUAACAUGGUAUAAUGUUGCUGAGCUCUUGAGUGGAUCGUGUUUAGGUUUAGGAAAGCAAAGUCUCUGCUUUCUGAGCUGUUUUCAUAGGAACAAUUUAUUCAUACAGGCUGAGAGUUGGGAGGGAGAGAGAGUAAAGGAGAUGAGAUGGGAGAAAGUGCUUGACAGUAUCUGUUUCAUGCAUUAAGGCCGUGUUUGUUCCACUGUAACGUCUCUAUCCCAAUUUAAGCUCUUCAAAGGAACACAUGCUUUCAUUUGUAGAAUUGUCCUUUUACGGCCCUAUUUUGUUAUGACUGUGAAUCCGAAGAGUCUGAAUAUGAUGAAUUUGCCUAUUUAUGUGUCUCCCAGCCACAGGCGGGUGUGUCUGUCUCCACCGUCUGUGUCGACACGGCUGUACAAAAAUCCUACACUGGUAAAGGUGACUCAGUCUAACACCAGCUUUCUCUUUCAUCUGGAUGCCCAGACGGAUUAGUGUGCCUGGAUAAACAAACACCUGUUGGCGCUUUUUUACAGAUCGAGCCCCUGUGGAACAGGGUCUUUAUAGGACGCACAAACACACAAAACAAAUUGAUAGCUCUCUAGUGAUGCCAUGAAUAAAAUGUUAUUAAAGGGGUAAAGAGCAUAAUGCAAGCUGUGUGUUCUGCCUUGCUCUCCAAUUCUCUCUCUCUCUUUUACUCUCAAACUUAUUCUUCAAUUCCACUGGUAUCAGUUUACAGAAGGGUCACCUUAACUAAAAUUCUCAACAUUAUUAACAUUAAGAAACCACGAACUAUGUUAUUAACUCCAGGACCUAUUCAACACCUACAGUAACUACAAUAAAAAUGUUCUAAGGAAUAAAACACACAAGGUAUAGGAAAAUAAUCCAAUAAAUAAUAAAUAGGCUGUGUGAUACCACACCCCAAUGCCCGACUGUACACCUGAAGUUAUUCCUCUUUUACCAAAGCAAUUUGCAGUGAAUACAGUUUUUAUCCAUUUCUCGUUACAAUAAAUGUCAGUGAGACAAGUUAGCUCCCGUUCUCACUUAUGUUAUAGCAGCUUAUAAGCAGUCGUCCGGUCAUCUUUUUCUCUCUGCUGACGUUAAUAAGACAAAAAAUACAGCUUCUGAUGUUCUUGAGAGACCAUAAA